AUGACUAUGAGCGACGACAACGACGCAUCUGCAAAGAAGACUCCUCCAGCUACUGCUACUGCUACUGCUCCAGCUCCGCCCGUCACUGUCACAGAGACGUCCACGUCCACGUCCCCAACGGACGGCGGCACGACACGAGUCGAGGACGAGGACGAGGACGAGGACCAGCAGCAGGGUCAACGCAGCAGCAAGGGCAGGGUUUUCGCGGUGAAAAAGAUGAUUAUACGGACGAUUUUUCUGACAAGAGGCGUAGACAACACCGGCUCUCACAUCCGCAAGGUCACGGCGCAGGAGAUCUACAGUCUUGAUGCGCUGCGGAGGUUCUAUCGCCAUCAUCAUAAUCAGCAGAAUCAUAAUCAGCAAGACGAACCCGCGCUGCGCGUCAUUCACGUUCAGAACGCGCAGUGGGCGACGCAGUUUCUUCUGCGAAAGUUCAACAUUGACAGUAACAGUAACUUCAGCAGCAAGAAUAACCGGAACAAUGAUAAUGACCUGGUCGGGACAGAUUUCGGCCGCUAUGUUCGCUUCAAAAAGCCUGAGCUGCGUGGCGGGAAGCCCUUCCUUAACGGAAAGACGUGGAAGGUGCAGUAUGAUCCCUGGAGGGGGGUCAGUAGGACUUCGUUUGGCCUGGACUAUGUCAAGACGUCUCGGACAAGGGAUCCUGUGACGGCGACGACGGUGACGGAUGAGUCUGAUCGGUUGGUGCGGUUGAAUUCUUAUGAUGAGAAUGAUGAACCCGUCUGCAUACAUGACGUCUACGUGCAGCGCGUGAGCUGCUAUAUCCAGCACAAGAUGGCUGUGUCGGAAAUCCCUCUUGAUGAGAUCGAUAUCAAGGAUCCCUACGUCUACGACGGCGGGACCAAGGACAGCGACAAUGUCAUCGCGAAUGGCGACCUCAAGGACAAGGACAUCCCCCGCCUCGGGACACUCGACAACAGCAACGCGAUCAUCAUCUUCGACAAUUCGCACUCAGGGAGCAUCGAAGACACGCUGAUCGCUGCGCGGCGCGAAUGGGAGUGCCGCUGGCGCCGCCUGCCGUUCCACCUGGCCUUCGAGAGCAGGGACCCCGUCGCCGCCAACGACGAGCAGCUGGCGCUGCAGUGCUGCAAGGCCAUCAUGAGCGACGUGUUCAAGGCCGUCAUCGCGACGUGGGAUGGCUUCCUCGACAAGGCUGUCACGCACGUCAGCAUCCUCGAGGAUAGGAUCUAUGACCAUCCGGCUGACGAGUCGCGCGCGCCGGAGCUGUGGUCCAAUUCGAGUCUGUGGCUGAAGGUCGAGAAGCUGCUGAAUGUGCAUAUUAGUGUGAUGCAUGAUAUGAGGACUCAGCUUCAUGAGUUGACUGAUGACGUCGACCCCGAAGACAACUGGCUAGACGACAUCCCCGGCGAAUUCGACCGCCUGACGAACCUCGUGACGGAAGAUCUGGUCAAACCCACCGAGUCGAUGAUCUCGUUGCUGUACCAGAGCGUGUCGAUCCGGGAUAGUCGACACAGUCUUGAAUUGGGCGUGAGCAUGUGGCGCCUGAGCUGGAUCACGUUCAUCUUUCUUCCCCUGACGUUUAUCGUUGGGUUUUUCGGCAUGAACGUCGACACCUUCGCCAACAACCCCAGCAUCAAAUGGUACUUUGUCGCCGCCAUCCCCUUCAUGAUCGUCGUCCUGGCCGUGUAUUUCCUGAUGAAACGCCUCGCCUCGUCGCGCCACCGCCAGACCCCCUACCAGCGCGCCGUCUACGAGCGCUUCUUCCACGAGAUGGCCCGGACUAACCCGGCGCUGUGGUCGCGGACCGGACCGCGCGACCACGUCGUGCCCAAGGGGCGCAUUGCGCGGCUGAAAUGGGCGCUGAUCCGGUCGUGGCUGCGGCCUGAGAAGACGAUUCGCGUUGCGCAUGACGAUGACGGUGGGAAUAUUCUUACCGGAGGCAUUCUUGCUUGCGGCGACGGUGGUGGCGGCGGGCUAGAUACCAUCUCCCGCAUCAAGCGCUAUCUCUCGCGCCGGUGGACGGAGCAGAUUCAGAGAUCGUUCGUCCUGGACACGGAGAUGGGUCCGAUGAUGACGACGACGAUGGACGAUGACUUGGAUGGAGGAGAGGACCCUGCUAGCGGAGACCACUCAGUCGGAGACGGCCUCGUCGAAGUCGCAGAGAUUCUCGCCGCUCCUGCUGCGCCGGCUGCAGGGCAGCCAGGCAAUACUAAUACCAAUAAUAAUACUGCGAAGCACGAUCCUAGCCGUCUUAGCAUACCUGGCUCUGGACAGCAUAUCAAGCUACUGCAAGGAGAAGCAGCAGCAGCAGCAGCAGCAGUAAUCGACGACCCCAGCAACAUCAACAUCAUCGCAGCAGCAAUACAGCGCCACCAACGCCGAAGUCGAAGCAACAGUUCCGGUCAGCGACGAUGGAGCAGCAGCUCUGCGGGCCGCACCAGCGGGGUGAUGGUCGAGAAGGAAGACGCAGAGUGGUUGCAUGAGCAGGGGAGGCAAGGAUUAUUGUAUGUAUACAUGUAUUACAGUACAGAUGUUACCGUAGUCAACCAGUCGAUUUCUUUACGUUUGAGAAUGAAUGAGAUUGAUUAA